AUGCGCGCAGCCCCGCGCGGGGCCCACGCCGCGUCGCGAAGGCGACCGGAAACGCUCCCCUCCUCCUCGUCGCUUUUGCUCUCCGCCGCUUUGGUCGCGGAGGAGGAGUUGGAUGCGUUUGGGAGCAACAAGGCGAAGAAGCUGCGCACGGAGGUGGUGCGGCCGUGGCGGGCCCUCAUAGAAGCGCUGCACCACAGCCUGCCCUCCGCGCUGCUGCUGGGGCCGGCCACCGCGACACUCGGGGGCUCCUCCGCCGGCGGCGACGCCGAGGAGGCGUACGUGUCGGCGGCGGCGGCGGGAAACCGCGGGGGACACGGCGGCGGCGCAGAAGAGUCGUUCGCCGCGGCCAGCUCCGUUGCGGGGCCGUGGAUGACGUCCACAACCGUCGCGAAUCGAACUGGGACAUCCACCGCAGCGGGUCCGCGUUCCACGCAGCAGCUCUGGGCGCGGGCGCCGAACCACACCGCGUUGCCGCUGCUCUGGAAGAACGCCGUGCCGCUCCUCUCGAUUGUCCGGCACGCGUUGGAGGUGCUGCAGUCGGAGGUGUUGGUGGCCGUCUGCGGUCACGAGUACGCCCAGCUGCUGCUGCACCUUUUCCUCUUCCACGGCUACCUAUCGAACCUGCAGCCGGCGGUGCUCAUGGAACUCCUGCUGCGACUCCUGGAGCUGGUGGAGAGGACCGCCUACGAAUCACACGGCACAGAUGCCACCACCGCCGCGAGCAGCACAACAUCCCCGUCGCUCGCUAGGGCGCUUCACGCGGAGGUGGGCAGCAGUAGCGGCAACAACAACAACAACGCGGCUCACGGAGCGGAGGCGGACGUGGCGGACGAGGUGCAUCGUCCGCCGGUGGAGCAGGGCACGGCGUACGCGGCCCUGCUUGUCCAGCUCCUCCGCGCCCCGCAACUGCUGAGCGCCUUCACGCCGUGCGAGGAUGAGGCGACGUUGUUGAUGGCGGCAUCCACGACAAACGCGGCGACGAUUCUGUUCAUGAUGCAGCGCCUGGUGCGACUGACGACGCAGCGGCACCUGCGCCCGACGAGCGCGCUACGCCUUGAGACGCAUCUGCUCGUGGCCGUGAACCUUUUGGUUUCCGUGACGCGGGACGACUACCCGCUGGCCUCCGCCACGCCGUUGGAGCUGGUGCGGCCGCUCUGCCACCUUUACUACGCCACAGCCCGCCGGGACGGCUGGCGCAUGGAGGCGUUGACGCUCAUGACCACACAAAUGUGCGUCUGCUUCUCCGCCGUGCUCGGACAGAGCGUGCGGGCCGACAUCGCACGCCACCGACCACGCGGGGAACGCCGCGCGCAGGAUGCAGCAGCCGCGGCCAGCGACGCCGCUGGCGUCGGCGCGGGGGAAGCCUUGACACAGGCGGGCCACUCUGUGCAAGUCUCGCCGCGCUCUCUGACGCUGCUGCAUGGAACCGUGCUGCCGUUCAUGCUGCAACUCUUUACCGUCGUCCGCAGCGAGUUUAGUCACGUCUCCCGGCGUGAGCUGUUUCACUUUCCAUGUCCGCCACUCUCCCCGCUCUUUGACUUUGGUGCCGUCGUGCUGUACCUCGCCUGCGCUACACAUGAUGCCUACACGGCCCUCCCGUCUUCCUCCUUGUCUGGUGUCACGCCACCUAUUACUACUCUGGCGAAGACACCGACGAUGACCGAUGAUGCCUCCCCGAAACAUGGCGUUCAGCAGCAGCAGCAAGAGCAGAGGGGCGUUAAACGAGCACGUCAGGAGGAGGAGGAGGACGACGACGGCAGUGGGAGAGGAGGAGAAACUUCGAAAUGGAAAACGCAGGCGACCCCGCUUUCACCGGGGGAGACGCUGCUGCAGCUGUUUCGCUCGCUCUUCUUCUUGGAUAGCAUGUGUGGUGAGGCACCGGCCCUGGCAGCGGUGACGCAGCCAGACGGCGACGACGUCGCUAAUCCCGCGCAGGCAGGGGAGAGAGACACGGAUUGUCUGCUGCGUGUGAGUGCCGCGGCGGGCGGAUCACUCAGCGCCGCCGCCGUGCAGGACCUUGUCAAGGACGGCUCGCUUUUCAUGCUGCACCUGCUUGCGCAGCCUGGAACGACGCUCGGGUGCAGUGAGCGGCAGUGUACGCUGCUGGUGGAACACGGUGUCCUUCCGCUCUUUCCCUACUACGGCGUGCGGCUGGAAACGCUACUGCUUGCGGUGCUGCUCGCCAUCGCCCCGCGGGCGUCGUUCGCGUGUCAGCAGGAGGUGUUCCGCUGGCUUGUCCGUCGCUACAUGCCGACGGUGGCCACCCAGCGCGACGAUGAGAGCCAGCCGAAGGAGCAGGUGUACCGACUGCUCUCCGUGCUGCUGGGGCACGGGGUAGUGGGGCGGUGGCCGUUGCUGGUGCACGGCGACGAGCGCGCCAGGCUGCAGGCCGCGGCCCACUUCAGCGCCAUCACCGCAAGGAUUCGUGCCGUUUUGUGCGGCGCCGCAAAAUCAGCGGCGACGGCAACAGCAACACCGUCCACCAACGCCCAGCAGGCGACGGCGGGUUUGCCACCUGCAAUGAUGACCUCUUUGAUUGCCGCGGCGACGGCUGGGCAUAGGGCCAAGACCGGCCUCUCCACGACGCUCUUCAUGGCAAUGCUGCAGUUUUUGUCCCUGUAUCACCACUACGGCGCCGCCUCGCCCGAGAUCGUGUCCGCCCAACGGACGGCGAAGAAGAAGCGUCUGCGUCACGGCGGUUCCACUGUCAAGCCCGCCACCACCGCCGUGUCGCAAGAACAUUACACAAUGGAGCUUCCCUCAACGGCAGUGCAACUUUCGACGGGCGUGGCGUUUAUGAUAUCCGGCCUCUCGCAUGCCGUUUGCUUCUUUCCGCACGACGAGGGCGUCGUGUGGUGUCAUGACACCGACACUGCCCCCGCCGCUGAGGCGUGCGCCGUGGCCUUCCUGCAGGCCCUUCGCUGGGCGGAGGAGUAUGUACUUGCCGCCUGCCUCACCGUGACCGAGAAGGAAUUGGGGUGGCAGCACGCCCUGUCGCUGGGGGGCGCCGUGAGUGCGGUCGCCAAGGGCCCAGAGCCGCCUGGUGGGCAUGGCGGUGGCAAGACUGCGGCUUCGGUGCAGCGCAUGAAAAAACUUUUGGCGAGGUCCCGCCACUCCAUGGAUGCGGCGUUCAUUGCCCCCGAAAAGCACGUGCCCGCCGCGGUAUGUGAGGCAGCAGAGGGGCACUGGCUGCUGCUGCACGAGUUUCUUGCCUCCUCCACGGAGGAUGUGCUGACGGGGACGGACGCGGUGCGCGCGGAAUCCGGCGACGGUGGGGAAGCGGAUGGGUCGGAGUUAUUCUCGGGGCGACUGCGACGUGGCGACGUGCCUCUGGGCUUCGUGGAAGUGCUCGCGGGGGAGGUGGCGCGUGCCGUUGGGGAGCUGGCGGAGCGCGCCAAAAUGGUUGGGGCCGCAGCCGUAGAUCUCACCGGGACAUCCGCGUUACAGCAGCAGACAACGCCACCACCACAACAGCAGCAGCAGCAGCAGCGUGAGGUGAACGAGGAGGUGGUGGCUGCGGCACAUCGUACACUUUGCCUGCAUGCUCUGCAGCUGAUGCACUUGCUGCUGCGUCUCUUUCGGCUUGGCGUGUGGCAACUCCCACCGGGGCCGCGUUCAAGCCCAAGCGGCGGUGGCGACGGCCCCAAUGGUGACGCGAACCGCAAUGCUGCUAGUAACAAUGAUAAUAAUAGCAAUCAAGGGAAUGGAAAGGGCCCAAGUGAGGAUGGGGAGGAUGAUCUCUGCAUCUUGGCCGGCAUACCGCAUACGCAGUUGUUUGAUCAUCCCCUGUCUACGCUGCGUCGGCUGUCUCCGGAGGGGCAGUUGUACUACGCCGUGAUGUGGAUCUCCCGACACCUCGUCACCCGACUACUCCGCGGUUCUGUUGUGCGUGAUCGUGUGCUCAUGCGGGCGCAGCUGCUGCUUAUCCAUGAUGUGGGCACGGUCCUGCUGUCGCAACCCUUUGCGCUGUGGGAGCCGAGGCAAGUGGUGCUGUCAUUUAUAGGCGUUGUCUGUCGUCGUGCGCUGGACGAGGGCGUCGUGAAGCUUGCGGCGUGGACACCGACAAAUUUGACAUCCGCAGACGCCGCGGCGGCCGUGCAUGCGACGCUGCGCUUAAGCUGCAGUCUGCUCAGUGCCAUUCUCAGUUGCGUGCGGCGCACGCGCGUGUUGGCGGCCUCGGCCGAUCCACUUGUGAGCCCCGAGCGCGUCACCGCCGUUCUCGCGCGCCUUCUCGCGAAGGAAGGCCUCAUCCCCGCUGCGGGCCGCACAGGCGGGGCAGGGAUGCCCGCCACCCACGACGUGCUAAAGCUGAACCCGUUCCUUCCCUUCCCCCUCGCCGUCGUGGAUGCCCUGCUGGGACUCUUGCAGGUGCUGCAUGAGGCCUACAGCGACGCACAGGCGCGGCAGGUGGCACGUCAGCUGCUGGAGACGCUCUUUGCGCGCUACCGCUACGGUCUGGCGGAGAGCAUUUUCGCGACCUUCAGCCACUACGCGCCGCUGCACCGCGCCGCUGCUUCUCCUCCCGCACUUGCGGAGGCGGACAACGGGGAAGAGGAGGACGACGAGGACGGCGACGACGACGGUGAAGAGUCGAGCCCAGUGCGUGCGCAGGCAGCUGGGUCUCGCAGGCGCGGAGGACGCGAGAACACGGAAGAGAGAGACGCCAGCGACGACGGGCUUCUUCGUGAAGAAGGGCGGCAGCUCGAGUCGUUUGUGGAUCAAUUGACGGAUGCCUCACGGGGCGAUAUGCCGGUGUUGACGCCGCAGCUGCAGUGUGCGGUGCUGUCCAGCAUUUACGGCGUCCUCUUCCGCUGCGAUGCGGCGGUGGCGGAAAAGCUGGGAAAGUACCUCUUCUCGUUUCUUUCCAUCAAGACGGCGUACGUCGUCCGAAGACACACGGCGUUGCACGUGCGGUGGUUGUUUACGCGCUUUACCCGCCGGACGUACGUUGUUCUGCAAGAGCUGCUGUACCGCGCGCGUGAGGGCAUUGCGUCGAUCAGCCCUAUGCACGCCGCGACGAGUUUGCGCGCCCUCGGUGAGGCGGCCCACGCGGCGCCCAUGCUGGAGGCAGACAUCAUCUGUACCCUGCUGGAGUGCUGGGCGACGCAAGGCUUUGCCCACAAGGGGCUGCUGUUGGAGUGUCUUGCGUUGAUCGGGAACUACGCGGGGCCGACGGGAGGUGGGACCGGGAUGAGCCCGCGACAGUUGUGCCACUACCACUCUGAGCGGCUCCUGUUUGACUGGCUCUGGCGCCUGGGCCACCCAAUGGAGGCGUUCCCUGUCGCCUGCUUUGGCUACGCCGGGCUGCCGCAGAUGUGGCGGGCGCUCAUGCCGACGCUCUUUCCCUUGGCGCUGCUCUGCAGUGCACGACGCGGUGUGGCGGAGGAGGCCGAUGCGUUUCUGCGCCCCAGCGACCUGCUCUGGCGCCUGGCCGCGUGCCACAGUCAGGCCGGGGUCGCCUCGUCGUCGUCGUCGUCGUCCAACGUCGCCGCCGCCACCGAUCGGACGCGAGAGCUGCUGGUGGGCUGUCUGCGGGCGCACUUUCCGGACGUGAUGGCGCGCCUGCUUGUCUUUGCGGCGCUGGCCGGGCGCCACGGGGGCGGCGCGGAUCCGCGCGAGGUCGCCGCCGCUGCCCGCCUCGCGCUGGAGUGGACGCGGUCGACCUUCUCGACGGACUACGCGCCGCUCGUCUGCCGCCACGCGGACGCCGUCUUGUGUCGGUUCGUGGGCCUCGUGGGCACCAUGACGCCGCUGGUGCGGGUGCGUCCCCUGCAGGAGGCGGUGGCGCUGCUCUGCGACACCAUCGCCGCCGCGGGCAGCGUGGCGUCUGACGCCCAUGAAUGUGUGUCUCCCUGGGCCGCCAGGACGGCCGUCGAUCGCUUCUUUGCUAGCGAGGGUGGAGACCACGCCUACGUGCUGCUGCAGCAGCUGUACGUUGGCCUCACGCACGAGGUCCACCGCGGGCGGCGACGGGCGAUGCUUGCGCAGCUGCUGGAGGACAUUGUGAGGCGGUGGUGGAGCCGUGAGCUCCUGCAACGCGUCCCACACAUCCUCCACACGGUGCUGCGCCUCUGUGGAAAUCUUCUCAUGGCGUGUGCCGACGCCCGACCGCGUGCGUGUAAUGUCCUGCUGUAUGCCUGGACAACCGCGGUGGCGGCGGCGAGGGCCACAAAUUCCGCGUGCUCGGCGCGGCGUGCGGCCGCAGAUGAGGUGUUUAUUUCAACCGUCAUGCUAACCCUCGCGGAGGACUCGCGGGUUGUGGCCUCGACGUGGACCGCCAUCUGUCGCGCAGACACCGCGCUGCAGCGGCAGGACUGGCAGCUGCAGCGCGCGAGGUACACCGCGGCGGGUGUUGCGCCGCGGGAGGAAGUGGAGACGCAUGACGUGCGCCUCCUCACGCCGGGCGCCAAUGCAGCGCAGGAAGCGGAGAAACGGGAGCAGCAUAGGCAUCGCAGUGCAACGGGCGGGGGCGACGCCGCACGUACAGGCGUCCAGCUGCCGGAGAACGAAGGCCCACCGCCCAGCCUAGCUGAGGCCAUGCGGCGGGUGACCCGCGUGUUGCCGCUAUUGAAGAGCACCGUGUUUCUUUCCGGUGCGCCAGCCUCGUCCUUCUACACGGAUGCCGCGUCUGCCGUGGACCGCGCCCGUCCCGCCUUUGUAUACCUCAUCCGAGCCCAUCUGUACGAGGAAGAAGGGGAGGAGGAGCAGCAGCAGCAGCGGGGGCCAUUGCUGGACGCGCAUUUUCCACGGCAAGCGGCACCGGACGCAGCGGCUGUGCAGGCAGUGUAUGAGGCCUGCUGUCGGGCGGUGCAAAUUCUGCUGACGCUGGUGUGCACCGACGACGCCUCCGAGGCGUCCGCGCAGGCGGUGAUGGCUUUGCCCAUGCUGGGCGCAACCGCUGCGACGACGGCUGCUACGACCGCGGCGGCGCGGCUGUCGCAGGCCGCAAAUCGGGAACUGCAGACCAGCGCGUUUCGCCUGUUGCGUGCGCUGUGCUGGUGCUUUAUUGAGGCCGGUGCCGAGGGCCACGUGGACGCCCUGUUGUACCCCAUUGGCGCCAUGCAGGCGAUGCUGCAGGAGUGGCCGCUGGACGAGGUGCUGCAUCACAUGUAUCGCCAACACGUGGAGCAGUUGUACCGGCUCGCCUUCGACGCCGACGCCGACGUUGCCCAGGUUGCCGCCACCACGCUUCGUGGCUGGCUGUGCGGCGCCACCGCUGACAACAACAACAACAACCACGACGACGGUGGUGCCGUCCUCGAGAGGGGAGGGCUGGGCGGCGGUUCGAGGGAGGCGGCCAACAGUACUCACCGCCGUGGCGCCGGCGAUGACGGCCGUCUCAUUAAACGUGCCCUGGAGCUCAUGCGGCGUGACGCGGGGCAAACGGAGGAGGCGGGGCAGGAGAUACCACGCGCAACGCUGGGAAGAACGGCAGCGGCUCUCAACGAAGGCGACGACGGCGACGAUGGUGAUGACGAAGGCGGUCAUGCUUUGUCAAGUAUUCACCUGGAUGACAUUCUCCCCUUUCAGCGGUGCCUGGUUGGUGUCCCAGCGUACAAGCAUGCGAUGCCUCCGGAGGAGACGGUGCUGGGCGUGGCCUCCUUGCUGGACGACGCGGUGUGGGACGCCCUGACCGUGCACGAGGAUGAGUCACAGUUUCUGCGUUUCUUCCUUGUUGGCCUCAUCCGGCAGUACAACCUGCACCACCGCUUCCCUACGGUCGCCACGGUGCUCCGCCACCUGCUGCUCCGCCCUGUCGCCGGCAGAAGUGGGAGUCUGAUGCUGUUUAUCGAGGGAUUUCUGCCUAUCCUGCUGCUGCACGCGAUGCUGCUGCGGGAGGGCGAGGCGCAGCGGGCGCAGCGGGCCGCGUGGUCGCGGGCGCUCGAGACGCAUCUCUUUCGCCGGGCGCACGGGUUUCGUCACGCGACCCGGCUUUUUCUACGCGCCCUCAACGUCUACCACUCGGUGCUGAUGACGGUGGUGCGGAGCCACGGGGUGCGGGCGGAGGCGGCGGGGCCCCCCCCCUUUUCGCGGGCGUCGCCGUCGGAGUUGGAGGCCGUCGCGGCGGCGCUGACGUUCCCACUUUUCGUGCCCAGCGACUACGGCGAGCUUCCCGAGCUGGCGGACGUGCGGGAGUCGUACUGGCUCGCGGACCUCGACCCCCUUGCCCUGGCCGCCGCCGCGGUGGCCUGCCGCGAGCCGCACCUCGCCGUCCUCUUCACGGAGCUCAGCGGGGAGUCGCUGCUCGGGCGCCGCAAAGGCAUCCCCUCCGCCGCGAUGACGGCGGUUGGGCAGCCCAAGUGCUCCGUCUUGUUCCCCGCCAAGCAGCAGCCCUGCGCGCGCGAGGCGGUGGGGGCGACGGCGGCGGAGGGUCGGCGGCGGGGGCUGCGCGGGGAGGCGGCGGAGGCCGCCAUGACGGAGCGACUCGCCGCGUACCGCGCGGCCGUCUACGCCGUGCUUGUCGACGUGGAGACCACGCUGCGUUUCCGCGGCGGGCACGACGAUGCCGGGGUGGCCGCCACCGCCGCCGACGGCGACCUCAGCGGCAGCGGCGUGGGCGGAACGAGGGCAGCCACUUUCGCCGGGGCCACGGAUGUGAUGCGGGCGGCCUGCGACGGCGAGGCCGCGGAUGCGUCCAUGUCGCCCUGGGAGGAGGACUUCUUUCUGCAGCACCCGGCGCGACUCAUGGAGCGCGAAAAGAGCCGCGGCAAUUGGCACGCGGUGCUGCUCCUGCUCGAUCGCAUGGCGGUCGCAAUGGCCUCGACGCACGCCUCUGCCCGAGUUCGUGGCGAAUGCCGCGACGCCGGCCUUUCCGGCGCCCGUCUGCUGGUGGAGAAGGCGAAUGCGCUGCUGCAGCUUGGGGCGGCCGAUUCCGCGCUUCAGAUGCUUGCCGCCGCGCUGCCGCGUCGCGGCCGCCACGCGGCCCACGAGGAGACGGAAGAAGAGGCGGCGGACGACUACGCCCUGCAGCUGCGCUCCGCCCUGGCGGCUACCCUCUGGCGUCUCGGGCGCUGGGAUGCUGACUGCCUGGAGGAGGCGGCGGCGGCGGCGGACGAGGAAGGGCCGCGUCCGCGCCAGCACGGCCUGCUGCCGUCAUCGUCCCUCACGUCGGUGGACGAGGGCAUUUUUUUCGCCAUGCGGGCGGUGCACCGCGGCGAGCACAACGUGCGACGGUGGACCACGCAGGCGCUGCGGCGACUGGUUUCUCAGUUCGACGCGACGAACUGGUUUCAGCUGAUGCUGCAGGCAGAGGCGCUGCACAGCAUUGAGGAGUGCGCUGGCCGCUUCUCGCGCCUGCACGCCUCCUCCGUCGCUGGCUCUGGGGACGCGGCGCAGCUGCGAAACCCGCCACAGCCACCGCCGCCGUGGGUGCAUGCGUCGUUGGCCCGCGUACGUGCUGCGUACCGGGAGCUGGAGCUCCUGGACAGCGUGCACCAUCGCCUCUGCGUGGUAUACCGCCAGCCACAGUGGUGGCUCGCCCAUCUGGAGAACAGCAGCGCGCGUGCGCUGCGCGGCGGCAGGCCCGUGCUGGUGCAUCAAUGGCUCUCUGCCUACGCUGAGUUUGGCGGGGCCGCCGACACACGAGGCGGCACAAGCCAGCAGCAGCACGCUUUGCCCCAAGCUGGGUCAGUGUUUGAAAACUUGACCACCUCUCAGGAGUUACCUGCCAUGGCCUUUCUCGCGCUUGUGCAGGCGCGUGCGGAGUUUGUGGGUGGGCGACCGCAUCGUGCGAUUGCCAUUCUUCAGAACACGGAGAGGACGCCGUUGGACGCCGCUGCGGUGGGGCGUGGGAUGCUUUUCCCCAUGCCGGCUAAUGCGCCGCAGAUGCCGGCGGUUGUGCAUCAGCUUGUCGUGUGGGCCAGGGAGGCGCGGCUGGUGCCGCUGUCGCAGCUCGUGCGGGACCCCUUCCUGCUGUCAUCCGUCAAGAAUGACCGCAGCGGUGUGUGUUGCCUGCAGCUGGCCCGACUGUGCCACGCGCUGGUGCGCGACAUCACGGGGCGCCUGCACAGCGAGGAGUACCGUAAGCUGCAGGAAAGCAUUGAGGCCUCCCGCCGCAUCCGCGCGGAGCUGGAGCAGCAGCAGAAUACGUCCGACAGGCUUAGUGAGGCGGAGCAGAAGCUGCUGCAGCAGCGCAUCCGCACCCUGGCGCUGGAGACGACGCGCGAGGAGGAUGAGUGGCAGCGGGAGGUGGAGAUGUACGCCUUGUACCGCCGCAGCGCCCUCAACGCCUACGCGCGCUUCCUGGAGCGCAGCGGGCCUACCGACGCGGACGGGCUGCUUGCCGUCUUUGCCUUCGUCUCGCUGUGGCUGCAGCAGGAUGCGCGGCUCGAGGAGCAGCGGCAGAAGGGGGCGGCCCCGGCCGCCUGCGUGACCGCCGGCGUCAUUAAGAAGGCGAUUAAAAACAUUCCCCACCACAUGUUUCUCCCGCUCUUUUCGCAGCUCGUGGCGCAGCUCGGCACCUCGCAGGACGACGCCAACCUGGAGACUCUGGUGCUGCGCACCGCGCUGGAAAGCCCUCUGCACACCGUCUGGCCGCUGCUCGCCCUCGCCAACGGCGACAACUUCGGCCCCGCUGUGGCAGCCGCCGCGCACGGCGGCGGGCUGCACGUGGUGGAUGCGAAGAAGGUGACCCUCGCGCGCCGCAUUCUGCGCACGCUGCAAGCCGCCCCCGGCAGCCACGUGGACGGCGGCGCGGCGGACGCGAACGACGCCAACGCCGCGCGGUGCCGGUGGCGGCAGCAAGUUGUGCGGGAGGCGGAGCGACUUUCUGCGGCGUACAUUCAACUGGCGUUCUACCGCGUGCACAACAAGACGCGCCCGGUGCACCGCAUCCCGGCGGAUUUCAUGAUCCUGGAGCAGGGUAUGCAGGACCUGCGGAUUCCGCCGCCCACGUUGACGCUGCCGCUGCCCGCCGUGGCCUCCCCGGGUGCGACGUCGGCGCCGCGGCUGCCACGGCGGGUCCCCAGCAUUGCGCGGUACGAGGGCGCCUUCACAACCCCGGGCGGGAUCAAUCUCCCCAAGGCGCUCAGCUGCGUCUUGAGCGACGGUCGCGUGCUGCGCCAGCUGCUGAAGUCCGAGGAUGACUUGCGGCAGGACAGCCUUAUCGAGCAGGUGUUUGCGCUUUCAAACCAGCUUCUGGCAAAGGAUCGCCGAACGUGUGGGUUGCAUGUGUUUACCUACAACGUGGUUCCCCUCGCCCCCACGGUGGGCAUCAUUGAGUGGGUGGAUGGCACCAUUCCGCUUGGUCAGUACCUCAACGGUGACCCCAGAGCCAGCGGCGGCGGCGGCGGUGGUGGGGCGGAAACUCGGCUGCGAUUUAGCACGGGGGCGCAUGAGCGUUACUUCCCUGGUGAGCCAACGACGUUGGAUUGCCGUGCGCGGCUGCAGGCGGCCAGCAAGGCACAGAAGCACAGUGUCCUGCUCGAUCUCUACGCGGAGUUCAGCCCGGCCCUGCAUUAUUUCUUUCUUGAGCACUUCUUCACCCCGCAGGCGUGGCUAGAGCGGCGUGACGCCUACACGCGCAGUGUUGCGGCCUCCAGCAUGGUUGGCUACAUCGUCGGACUCGGGGAUCGCCACGGCAACAACCUCCUCCUGCACACCCGGCGGGCGGAGCUUGUGCACAUUGACCUUGGGUUUGCCUUUGACCAGGGAAAGCUGCUUCCUGUGCCGGAGCUUGUGCCAUUUCGUCUUACCCGCAACGUGGUGGACGGCUUCGGCGUGCAGGGGACGGAGGGCCCGUUCCGCCGCCACUGCGAGGGGACACUGCGCGUCUUGCGCGGGCAGAAGGAGCUGCUGAUGACGAUCCUCGAGGCCUGCGCCCAUGACCCGCUCGCGCGCUGGUCAGUGACGGUGGUGCCGCCGCAGCGCCAGCAUGCGGGGCGCCCGGGCCAGCACUUGGAUGGGCUGGCCGUCUCUCUGGACGACGAAGACGCGGAGGAGGAGGGGGGCGCGGCGACGCCGCGGCAGCGUGGCCUUGGCGUCAGCCGCGGGAAGCCAACCUACGCCGAUGCGGAGCGAACGCUCUCCCACGUGGCCGAAAAGAUUGCGGGGUACGAGGCAGGCGAGCUGCUCAGCGUCCCGACGCAUGUGCACAAACUGCUGCAGACGGCCCAAAACACGGAGCUGCUCGCCCAAAUGUUUGUGGGCUGGUCGCCAUGGCUUUAG